AUGAAUGUCUUUCAGGAAGCGCUCACAUGGAUGGACGAUAUCUACAAGGAUCACGUGAAUAAAGAAAUCCACGCUCAGAAAAACUGGAAAAACAGACAUGGCUACAUUCUCAAGGAAAUUCACGAGAUGGAGACAAAACUUCAAGAAUGUCACGCGGACAAAGAAGCAAUUUCAGGAAAGAUUGAAGAUUGGAAAGAAUCCCUCCCAGUCGCCAAGCCUGAUCCUUCUCCACCUGUUCCUCAAACUACUACAGGCCAAAUUGGUUGGCGAUCGGCUGAUCCAAAGAACAACCUGGAGGUUUUCCGAAAAUUCGAAACAAAUGAGCACCGAAAAGGAGAUAUUGUCACCAAGCUUAAUUGGCCAAGAGAAGGUCUUUAA